AGAACCGAAAGAGAGUGCCAACUUCGUAAAAAAGCAACCUCGCUCCCAGGGCAGAGAGAGAGAGAGAGCUGCAUUAUUCGGAUACGCUUCAGACGGAAAUGCGAGUGAUUCGCGGCGCAUAUAUUCUCCUCCGCCGCAGCCUCUCCUCCUCCUCCUCCUCCGCCUGAACCGCCGCCGCCCCCCCCGCCGGCGCCGGCGCCUCCCUCCCCGGCACCUCGAAGAUUCCCGAGCUCCUCCGAUCGCCGACGAUUCGAUUCGGUUCGGUUCGGUUCGAAUCGAUUCGCCUCCCCACCGCUUCUUCUACGCAGCUCUCUCCAUCGAGCCUCCACCUCGACCUCGACCUCCUCCAUUGUCGCCGGUUUUCCAGUUCGUUAGGUCGAUUCGCCAGUAGAUUGUGACUACGCUCGAUCUCUGCAGAUACUAGGAUCGAGGCCAAACCGAACGCGGGAGGGACUGGUGGAAUGUCAGGGGAAGCGAUGAUGGCGAUGCUUGACGAUGAGAAGGCGAGGAGGUCCGAUUACGAGAUAUCCGAUGACGAGAGGAGGAGACCGCGGUCCAGGUCCCACAAGAAGAAGGCCAUGAAUAUUGCGUCCACGAGAAUCGCGCACUCUCUUAAAAAGCGCGGUAAGCGCGUCACUGAUUGCCGAUACGCAUCGAUCUCUGUUGAGGAUGUGCGGGAUGCGAAAGAGGAGAGGGCUGUCGAGGCUUUCCGUCAGACAUUGAUAACAAGGGAUCUGCUUCCACCUCUCCAUGAUGAUUACCACACAAUGUUGAGAUUCUUAAAGGCAAGGAAAUUUGACCUAGACAAAACAGUCCAUAUGUGGGAACAAAUGCUCAACUGGAGGAAAGAGAAUGGAGUAGAUACUAUUUUACAGGAUUAUGUAUAUGAUGAGUAUGAGGAAGUCAAGUCAUGUUAUCCUCAUGGUUACCAUGGUGUUGACAAAGGAGGAAGACCUGUAUAUAUCGAACGCCUCGGAAAAGUUGAACCUAGCAAGCUGAUGUCUAUCACAACUGUGGAUCGGUUUCUGCGGUACCAUGUUCAAGGCUUUGAGAAAGCUUUUGCUGAAAAGUUCCCCGCAUGCUCCAUUGCUGCAAAAAGGCACAUCGACUCUACAACCACCAUACUGGACGUCCAAGGAAUGAAUUUUAUGAGCUUUGGAAAGAUCGCACAUGACCUUGUUAUGCGCAUGCAGAAAAUUGAUGGCGACAACUAUCCUGAGACAUUGCAUCAGCUAUACAUUGUUAAUUCUGGUCAAGGAUUCAAACUGCUUUGGAACACAGCAAAGAGCUUCCUUGACCCAAGGACUACCUCAAAGAUACAUGUUCUGGGGACCAAAUACAGGAAUAAGUUGUUGGAAGUUAUCGAUUCGAGCCAAUUGCCAGAUUUUCUCGGAGGAGCUUGCUCAUGUGAAGGUGGAUGCCUUAGGUUUGACAAGGGACCUUGGACUGAUCCAGAGAUAAUGAAACUAGUCCACAUCGGGGAAGCAAUGUAUUUGCAGAAAAUAAAAAGCUACCAUGAAUAUGAUUUAGAAGUGGAACUCUUUGCAUCCAAGAACACCAGCGAUGAUGUGUCCAGAGAAGAGCUGCUACCAGAGGUAAGGAAAGGUGCCUCAGACCUUGUGCAUUGGAUACCACCUUGUGAUAAAGUAAGUUCAAUGGAAGAUCCCGGAGUUUCCUCCAAUGCAAUAACAUCUGUUGAUGCCACCGAAAGAAUUGGAGAUGUUAAUCCAACAGAUCGUCUGACCGAUGCCAAUACCCCAAGAAGAGCUCUUCCUCCCAUAACAAGUUUUGUAGUUCGCUUCCUAGUCAAAUUUUUAGGGUGUAUAUAUCUUCUAUUCCAGAGGGUAGGGAGAACCUUUUCAUUAAGACAUCAUGGCAUAGAGUCAGAAGACCAGGGUAGAUCUCAUGGCGAAGAGUCAAGAGCACAAGGCACAUCCCAGGUUAUAGAAGAGAACUCGCUCCAUCCGUGCUGGCAAAGGCUGCAAAACUUAGAAAAGGUGGUGACUGAACUAUCCAAUAAACAUGCGAAAAUACCCCCAGAAAAAGACGACAUACUUCUCGAGUCGAUGAGUCGCAUUAAGUCCAUAGAAUAUGAUCUGCAGAAGACAAAAAAGGCACUGCUUGCCACUGCAUCUCAGCAAGUAGAACUUGCUCAAUCAUUUGAAAGUUUAAAGGACAGAUCAGCUCACGGAACAAACACUUGUUGGCCAAGAUAUAGAUCUGGUGCCCCAGGAACUUGAGCUCUGUUAUUUUCAGAAAGAAAGUUUUUUUUCGGCUGUAUCUCGUACCUCCUGGGAAGAGAAUUGCAACAAGAUUUAACUGCUCGCUGGACCACAAUAAUUAUAAUUCCAGGUCUUUCAGGCGUGCAUUUCCUAAUUGGUAGGGUGAACCUUGGAAGGACCGGCCUGUUGUGUAUUUAGACCCCAGAUUUCUCUAGCCGGGCAUAGAAUGAAUGUGCCCCAUGUUCAUAAUUUCUUGUACAUAAAUGAGAAUUUUCUUUUGCGGAGCGAUAUCGAUGUUAUACGUGACCACAAGCAUAGUGACAUAAAAGUUCAAGAGCUCACUAUUUUGUCUC